AUGGACAGACAAGAUGGCUCUGCUGAACAGCAGCCAGAUAUUGAUAUGCUGAUUAUGGAGGCUAGACAACUUGCAAAGGACUUGACCACUCCUGGUCUUGCCAGUCAGGCUGGUGUAAUCCAAGAGCGUCUGCUCGAACUGCAAAAGUCGAGUGCCGGAUGGAUGAUAGCCGAUGGCUUUCUAGGGUGCGAAGACCCAAAGCUCAGGUUCUACGGACCUCUUACGCUUACAAUGAAAAUUAACCAAGAAUGGGAGAUUUUAAUGACCGAGCAACGAUUGGAUUUGCUUGCACAGUUGAUGAACUGUUUUGUAGUUCUUGUCGAUUCCACAGAGCAACCUCUAGUGAUGAGGAAGUUCUUUUCUACCCUAACCACGUUCUUUUUCAAGCCUGGGUCGCCUUGGACGUAUAGUGUACGACAUGUCGCCGUGACUUUGGCCAACGGGAAAUACCUUCCCGAGGACAAGUCAGAAGAACCCACUUUGGCACUGCACGCACUUUCAGCUCUCAGCCACGAACGUCUAGUCGCGUUACUAUCAUUUUGUACUGCAUUAGCCGAAGAGUCUACACGAUACCUCACAGAAGGCACCGAGUCUGGCAGCCGGCUGCAGGUAAACACUAACGAUGUCUUUGACUUAAUUGACUAUGGCUUUGGACGAGCUCUAAAUAGUGCCAGCGGCGCGGUAAAUCAAAGCGUGGCUACAGCAUUCCAUAAUGGCAAAAUCAACCCUCCGGGCCUUGCUGCUAAGGUAAAGAAACCCUUAGACUCCGCUGCGCAUUUCUUUGCCGUUGAAACCCUUAAGCCACUACCAGAAUUUUGGACUGAGGUUGCGAGCGACAUAGAUGAGCUGGUUCUCGAUGGGGUGUUAGUUAUUUCGGAGGAGGUUAAACAAAAGCUUGCCAGAGUCAUUACCGAAGGCUAUGAUAAGUUGCGUUAUCCAACUCAUGAAGUCGCCCAGAGCUGGGAUGAUAACGAGUUGAAACUUUUCAACUAUUUCCGUCGUGAAUUUACCGACUACCUUCUUGAGGUGUAUCCAUUGUUGGGGGUUGAUGUUAUCCGCCAUAUUCUGGAGCAAGCAUCAUCUGCAAUUGCAAAACAGGACUGGGAUGCAUUCGAGGUUGCGAUUUAUUGCCUAGGAUCCCUUGCAGAAUCAGUUGCUGAAAAUGAGCAUGCCGACCCUCUUCUUGACUCUUUAUUCUGCUCAGACGUGUUUGAAUCAGUUUGCUAUGGCCAUAAAGAGAUUCCACUAAAAUCACGACAAACUAUGGCAGACAUGAUCGAUCACUAUACGCCAUACCUUGCUAGGAACGGGAAGCUCCUUGCCCCGGUGUUGAACUUCCUGUUUAGCUCCCUUGAUUUUCCUUCCUGUGAUCAAGUGGCUUCGCGCUCUAUAUCAUCUCUCUGCCAAUCUUGUCGAAAAUUCCUCCCAAUGCACUCCCAAGGAUUCAUCGAUAAAUUUCACCAAUUAUGCAGCAAAGCUUCGCUUGGUGACUCCACUCUUGAGCGUGUUGCGGAAGGUAUUGCCGCGGUAAUUCAAGCAACAGAGCUCGAUAGCGAGAAGGCUAUGGGCUUGUUAAAAUUACUCAACCCUUUACUCCUCGAAGCACAGGCAGCAUGUCAACAAGCAAGCAAUGGCCAAUAUGAAGAAGGUCUGGAGCGCAGUUUAAUAGCAAUGCGAUGCACUGCGAGUAUUGGCAUGGGAAUUCGCGCCCCUGACGAUGAUAUAAUUGACCUAGAUGCCCAAGAACCACAGCCUACCACAAACUCAUUUUGGGUCAGCGAUCCUUUGGGAAUUUCUGUUACUGAGACUGUCAUCCGUAUUCUAGACACGUUAGUUGGUCAGUUUCCCAACGAGAGCUAUAUGAUUGAGGCAACAUGUGAUGUGCUCAAAGCUGGAUACACCGAGAAACAACCAGGGCCUUAUGUGUUCCCGUCUCAGGUGACGGUCCGUUUUGUGAAAGCUACAAAUAUCUCAUCUCCUCGGUUUUCAAAUGUCAUGGCAACUGCGACUGCCUUUUUGGCCUCCCACGCAUCAAAUCCCGGAGUCAUCGAACAAGAAGUUACAGAGUUAACGAUGCAUACUGCUGCUUUGAUACAAAGCCUGACGGUAUCGCCUAGCAGCUAUGAUCCAGAGGCGGCCCACAGCUGCAUAGACUUCCUUACUCGCCUUAUCCCGAAAUAUUAUACUCAGUUCUUUAACCUACAGUACGUGGAUGGUGCUCCGCCACCCCUUCCUACGAUCCUAAGCUUUACUCUGGAUGUACUCAAGAGGCCAGAUCCCCUGCCACUUCGCGCAUCCUGCUCUUUCUGGACUGCUAUACUGGCCCUUACCGACCUACCUGCCGGGCUUCUCUCAAACGGAGCUUCUAUGGGGCGUCCACAGCCAGAUGAACCCCCAGGGCUCCUUGACCCAUAUCUGAGCAUUCUCGGAGAAACCGUCAUGCACCAGACUGCUGGCAACUGCGCUCGUUCGGACCUGGACCAUUUCUGCGAAGUCAUAAAGAAAUUCGUCUUCAAACAUCAGGGAGCUGCUCGACUUUAUUUUGGAAAUGGGUUAGCAUCACUGAAUAUUGCUUCUAGAAAUGCUACUGCUGGCACCGGGGAAGUGCAGCCACAGCCGGAACCGUCUGUUUCACCUCAGGACCUACAGAAGUUCCUUUCUACGAUUAUUUCUCUUCGCGGAGCAAGGCAGACAAACGCAAAUGUCAAGCAUUUCUGGGUGUCUAACAGGGGUAAAGGAUUUGCAUAUGCAUGA